CCAGGCUCCCGUCAAUUGCAGGACAGCACAGCACAGGACAGCAUAGCACAGGACAGGACACAUGGCAUGACCUUAUCCCAUUCAUAUAUAACCUGUCAUCUUCUCUAAGAAAAACACUGAAUCUUACCCUCGGUUUAUAUUUUGAGCAAAUCCUUUCGUGGUCUUGAUACAAUAUGGCGCCGACCCCGUUGGACCGAGCGUUGAACUCCAAGAACCUCCUAUUAGGCUUCGCGGGAAUGGUCACGGCCGCGACCGCAUGGGCGAUAUGGGGCAACGAGAUAUUGCCGGCCGAGCCUGAACCGACGGGAGACCCGGAAACCUGGACGGCGGACGAGAUGCGCAGAUGGCUUCGUGUUAGAGGGCUCCUCCCGAGCGAGACAGCCACAAGGACAGAGCUUCUAGAGCGAGUUAGGGCCAACCUACGUCCGCCACCGAGGCAAACGUCUUCACCUGGAUCAUCGUCCGGAAGUAAAUAGUCGACAGCGUUUUUUCCUAGUCUCAGUUGUUUCCUUUUUUUUUUUCUCUGUUUAUAACCCGGUGGCUAGCGUAUUAUCUUUGGCUUCUGUGCGGUGUGCCAUC